AUGCCCCGUGGCCGGCAGAGGUACCGUGGUACUCGGGAGCCCGUCCCCAGCUGGGCCUGGACUUGGGGCUUGGGGGCGGCGGCACGCCUGCCUUGGCUUGUGGCCCAGCGCGUACCCCAUACUUUGUUGUGCUCUGUCUGGUACUCAGUACUCCGUCCCUUGCUCGCCCGGGCUGUUUUCCAGACUCCCGUCUGGCGGGCACCUGGCGAUGGUACCCCCGGCCCCCGGCGUGUUUCCGCUGGGUAUCCAGCCCCGGGCAGGCCAAAACCCGCCCGACGGCCAGACAGCCAGGCGGAGGCUUAA